CUGCUUUUUUGGCUUUACAGCCACCAACUCUACUGAAGUGCACGCGCCAGUAACUGCGUUUUGUGCUCUGAAAAGCCUCUUGACUCUCUCUCUCUCUCUGCCUCUCUCUCUCUCUGUCAAGUACUCUCCUUCCCACUCGGUUUCUUUGAGGAUCCCACGGUUUCCCACAAGACAAGCGCACACGCGCACUGUGUCUCGGUCUCCGUGCAAGGAAGAUGAGUCGUCUCGCUCCGGUUUCUGAAGAGCCCGUUGACGAGGAGAGCACCAGGGACUGCUCCAAGAGAGGCCGGUCAUGGAGGGGCUGGCUCAGGACCCACCUGUCUUUUGCGUUCAGCAAGAAGACCAACCACCUCAAGGUCCUCCUCAGCGUCCUGGGUUGCCCUCUUUUCCCCGUCUCCGUGCAUCAAAGGACGCCGGUCAAUGAGGUGUCGUCCUCAGCACAGUACAUCGUACAGCAUUUUACGGCCGCUACAGGCUGUCGGAAGCUGGAUGGGCGAGUGAAGAACAUGUUCGCCACGGGAAAAGUCGUGAUGGCGAUGGCCGAGGAGGUUGGGCCAAUCGGGCCGUCAGCAGCCGCCGCCACUGCUGCCAUGGCGAGCAGUGUCUCGCAGCAAAAGGGGUGCUUCGUGAUGUGGCAAAUGUUGCCCGACAAGUGGCUAAUAGAGCUGGUGUUGGGCGACCAGAAGGUCGUGGCCGGCAGCAACGGCAGCAUGGCUUGGCGGCACACGCCGUGGCUCGGCACGCACGCCGCGAAGGGCGGGGUCCGACCUCUCCGGCGAGCUCUUCAGGGACUAGAUCCAGUAACGAUAGCGGCCAUAUUCUCUACGUCGGAAUACAUGGGAGAGAAGAAGAUUGGGGAUGCGGAUUGCUUCGUCCUCAAGCUGUCUGCAGAUCAGACGGACCUGUCCAACCGGAGCGACAGCACGGCGGAGACAAUCAAGCAUGCCGCUUUCGGCUACUUCAGCCAAAAGAACGGACUCUUGGCGUACUUGGAGGACUCUUACUUGACAAGGAUACAAUCCCCUGGGACACACCCCAUGUACUGGGAGACCUCGAUAGCCACUCAGAUCCGGGACUACCGCGAAGUGGACGGCGUCAUGAUCGCUCACUCCGGCCAAUCGAGUGCGAUCAUCACACGUUUCGGGGAUGAUAAUCUACGGGCAGGCCCAGCAGUCACUCGGUUGGAAGAGACGUGGAUCAUCGAUGAUUUCGCGUUCAACGUGCCUGGUCUAUCCAUGGACAGCUUCAUUCCACCCAAGGACGUGAGGAAGGACCAUUUUCCGUCAGAUGAUGAUUGGAAAUCACCAUUAGACUGAUACAUGUUUUUUUCUCUUUUGCCUCUUUAUGAUCAGGAGUUAGUGUUGAUGCAAGGAAAAAGGGAAGGUGCAUCUUGUUUAGUGUCAUUGACCGACAAAAUUGAAAGUCUAAUUCAUUUGGGUGUAUAUGGAGUAUAGCGAUUGUGUCCAAAACUGCUUCCAAAGCCUUUUUUUGGUCCUGUUUUGGUGCGUACCCAAAUCAUAAAGCAGAUUAAUAAGAUCACUAGCUCUUAGACAGAUA